AUGUUUCCUCUGGAAGAGUUUACAAACAGGCAUCCUCACACUAUUCUUUACAACCUGUUGACUGAGAGGGAGAGUGGCAAACUGAACCAGGACGCCGCAUCAGCACACAACUGCCAGUGUGAGCAGAGGAGGACGGUUUGCCUGAAAAACCUGAAGGAUACUUGCCAAGCGGCCUUCAGCGUGCUGGUUAACACCAUCUGCUUUGUGAGGACUUUACCUUCCUUCAGUCAGCUUCCAUCCGCAGAUCAGUCGUCGUUGUUAAGACACUGCUGGGCUCCUCUAUUUGUUCUGGGGCUUGCCCAAGAACAAAUAGUGUUUGAAGUGACCGACGUGCCAAAUUCAAGCAUCCUUAGACAGAUUCUGCUCGGAGCAGGAAGCACUGAAAGUGAGGCUGAACAGCCGACUCUCGCUGGAGUCCACAGAUUGAGAAGUUGCGUGCGUCGGCUGUGGGAUCUGGAUCUCAGUCCGAAGGAAUAUGCAUAUCUGAAGAGGGCUUUGUUGUUUAACCCAGCUGCUCGGGGACUGAGCGCCUCGUCGUGCGUUGAAAGCCUCCAACAGGAAGCUCAGAGGGCUCUCCAAGAAGUCCUCUGCCUCCUGCACCCGGAGGACGCCGCUCGCCUCAGCCACGUCCGUGGAGCAGCCUGCAGCGUGCACACAGUCAGCCGCAGCCUGCUCACUGAGCUCUUCUUCAAGCCACUGAUCGGCAACACAAACAUGUUACGUUUCUUAACAGAGAUGUUGUUUGUGCAGUGA